AUGGUACCCUACGAGGCUUUGUACGGCCGGAAAUGUCGGUCACCGAUCUGUCAGGUUGAAGUUGGAGAUAGACCAUUAUUGGGGCUUGAACUUGUGCAAGAGACCAUUGGGAAAGUAAACUUAAUUCGACAAUGGUUAAAAACUGCUCAAAGCCGACAGAAAAGCUAUGCGGAUGUGCAUAGACGGGAGAGAGAAUAUGAAGUGGGCAACCAAGUCUUUAUUAAGGUUACACCAAUGAAGGGACAUACUUUCUUCGGGGUCAAGGGCAAAGAAUCUCUCCUAGACCCUCAGCAAAUUGUUGAACCUACUCAAGUACCUAUAAAUGAUGAUUAUACGUAUGCGGAACAACCUCUCCAGAUUGUCAGUUGUCGAAUCAAAAAGUUGAGAAAUAAAGAAAUUCCGUUAGUAAAGGUGGACUGGCAUGCAACCUGGGAAAGAGAAGAGGAUAUGGAAGCAAAGUACCCUGAAAUGUUUUCGUUAGACCUUGUACUCUUUGCUGAAGAAGGUACUUAA